CCACGCAAAGGUGUGGCUCAAAAUGGCGUCCGAGGCAAGGUAUUGUGUGGAAUAUGCGACCACAGGACGGAGCAGUUGCAAGAAAUGCAAGAGUAAGAUAGAGAAAGGAGUCUGCAGGAUAGGGAAAAUAACCCCAAACCCUUUCAGUGAUGAUGGAGGUGAUAUGAAGGUCUGGUAUCAUAGUCGCUGUAUGUUUGAGACGCUCCAGAGAGCCAGGGCUACUACAAAGAAGAUCGAGUCGCCGGCCGACUUGGAAGGUUUUUCAAACCUCAAGGACCCAGAGAAAGACGAAAUAAAACAAUUCAUAAAAGAUUUCGCUCCAAAGUCACCUGCUAAAGGAUCAAAGAAAAAGACUCAAACAACUUUACCAGUCACGCCCAAAAAAGGAGGUGGAGGAGCUUCAGCCUCGGGAGCUACAGUGUCACCAGUAAAGGCCUUGGCUCCAACCACAGCCACACCUACUAGCAGUGAAGGGGGUGGGGCUGGCGGAAGUAGCAAUCCUGACAAUUCUUUUAGGCAGUAUCGGAGGUUAUGUGAGGACCUUGAGAAUGAACCCAGCUAUAACUCAAAAACUAAACUAGUUCAGAAUUACAUCAAGAGAGGGAACAGCGGAGAUGGGUUUAGCGGAGAUCUUUAUCUACUUGUAAAGCUCCUCCUACCAGGGGCAGGGAAGAAAAGAGUGUACAACCUCCAGAGCAAGCAAAUUGUCAAAAUACUUAGUCAAGCUUACGGGUGCAGUUUAGACGACAUGGUUGAAGACCUUGAGAAGGGUGACGUGGCUGAAACAGCAAAGAAGUUUUUUGAGGAAGAAUCGGUCAUAAAACCAGCUGCUAAGAGCACCUUAACAUUAUUUGAUGUUGAUAGUUUCCUCGAUAGGAUGGAGAAAUUGACGAAAGAAGACGAGCAAAAGAAAGAAUUUUUAUCAAUAAUAAGAAAGUGUACAGGUAAUGACAUAAAGUACAUCAUUAGACUAAUAAAACAUGAUCUCAGGACCAACGCUGGACCCAAACACAUAAUGGACGCACUGGAUCCAAAUGCUUAUGCAGCUUUUCAGGUAUCCCAUGAUUUAGAGGACGUGGUCCAGAGAGUUCUCUCAAAAUCGGAAGAAGGUGCAGGCGGAAAACCCGGUCUUACGAAAGAGUUGAGUAUCCGUGUGACUCUAAUGACUCCAGUCAAGCCAAUGCUGGCAGAGGCUUGUCGUUCAGUUGCCAUGGCAAUGAAGAAGUGUCCCAAUGGAAUGUUUGCUGAGAUUAAGUACGAUGGGGAGAGGGUCCAAGUCCACAAACAAGGAACUACUUUUCAAUACUUUUCAAGAAGUCUAAAGCCAGUACAGGGACACAAGGUAGCUCAUAUUAAAGAUUACUUGCCCCAGGCCUGUCCCCAUGGCGAUAGCAUGAUACUAGACUGUGAAGUACUAAUGGUUGACAUAAAGACUGGGGACCCUCUCCCUUUCGGAACACUAGGGAUCCACAAGAAAAAUGCUUUUAAAGACGCCGUUUGCUGCCUCUUCAUUUUUGAUUUGCUUUACUUCAAUGGAGAGAGUUUAUUGGAUACCCCGAUAAUAAAGAGGCGUAAACUAUUAGAAGAGAAUGUUAAGGAAGUCAAGAACCACAUUAUGCUCUCCGAGGCUAAAUUAGUUAAACAACCAGAAGAACUUUCAGAUCUCAUAAUGACUGUCAUUAAAAAAGGGCUUGAGGGGCUUGUACUUAAAGACACUAAAAGUAUUUAUGAGCCUGGUAAAAGACAUUGGUUAAAGGUAAAGAAAGAUUACCUUGAGGGAGGAGCAAUGGCCGACACAGCAGACCUCAUCGUACUGGGAGCUUAUUAUGGAACUGGGAGCAAAGGCGGACUGAUGUCUGUGUUUUUAAUGGGCGUGUACGAUAAGACAAACGAUAGGUUCUGUACUGUUUGUAAGUGUGGUAACGGCCAUGAUGACGCUACCAUAAUGAAGCUUCAAGACGAAUUGGACAUGACGAAGAUCAGCAAAGAUUACAGUAAAGUACCGUCAUGGCUACACAUUAAUAAAGGAUUGACGCCUGAUCUUGUCGUAUCAGAUCCAAAAUCGGCUCCUGUAUGGGAAAUCACAGGUGCUGAGUUUUCACAGUCGACCAACCACACAGCUGGGGGCGUGUCUAUACGGUUUCCAAGGGUAACACGUAUCCGUGACGACAAGGACUGGAACACGGCUACAGACCUUCAACGUUUGAAAACAUUAUAUGAAAAAUCCAAAGAAAAUCUUGAUAUAACUCUUCCUUUGGCUAGCACGUCAAAAGACUCCUCCCAAGACGACGAAGAGGAAAUGGAGGUGAACGAAGAUAAGAAGAGAAAAAGAGUGCCUGAGAAGGCUACACCAGUGAAGAAGAGAAAGAUAGGGGGUAGCAUAACUCUUCCAUCGGUUAGCACCUCAAAAGACUCCGCCCAAAGCGAUGAAGAGGAAAUGGAGGUGAGCAAAGAUAAGAAGAGAAAAAGAGUGCCUGAGAAGGCUACACCAGUUAAGAAGAGGAAGACAGAGUCAGAGAGAGAGGUUUGUAAGUACGGAGUGAAGUGCUACCAAACUAACGAAGAGCAUAGAAAGAGGUUUUCACAUCCCUGGGAAACAGCAUUAGGCGUAUACUGUGCUGGUACUAAGAUUGUUAAGCCUCUACCUGAUAUAUUUGACGGCGUCAAGGCACUCAUAGACCCUUCCUUAUCUGAAGCAAAAGAUAUAAAGAGAUACAUUACAGAUAUAGAGAGAUACAUUAUAGCUUAUAAUGGUGAUGUAGUAAGUGAUAUUGAUAUUAGUGAAGUGACUCAUGUAUUUACAAAGAAUAAAAAAUUUGCAACCGAUCAGGGGGUCCCUGAUGGUGUUGCAAUAUUAAGCCCAGACUGGGUCUGGGACAGUCUGGGAGAUGCACGUCUCCAUGAGAUUGCAAAUUACGAAUUAUAGAAAGUCUAUUUUUAAAAAUAUAAACCUGGUAUUAUGAAAUAAAUUUUCUUUAGAGCCACCCCUAUAAUUUAUAUCCCU